AAUUAUCCCAUUUUUGUUAUACAUUUUCCAAGAAUAUUUUAGUAAAUGGUAUACCGUAUACGAAGAGAAAUCCUGGGAGAACCCAGAUGGCAGAUAGACAGUAAGAGAGUAAGAGAGAGUGGGUAAUGGUGGUGGCGCGGCAACUUGCGUUUGAAAAUGUUGGGAACAAGUUAUACCACACAGCAGAAUCCUUAGUAUCUCUGGCCAAACAAUGUCCUUCCAGAAAAACACUGGAACAGGUCCACACCCAAAUGGUGGUUCGCUCCAUCCACAAGCCCAACCACCUUCUCUCUCAAAUCAUCCACUUCGCCGAUUACCGCUACGCCUCGCUUCUCUUCUCCCACAUUCUCCCUCACCCCAACGACUACGCCUUCAACAUCAUGAUCCGCGCCCUCACCACCACCUGGCGCCGCCACCCCCUCGCCCUCGCCCUCUUCCGCCGCAUGCACUCCCUCGGCCUCGCCCCCAACAACUUCGCCUUCCCCUUCUUCUUCCUCUCCUGCGCCGCCCUCGCCCUCCUCCGCCACGCCCGCGCCGGCCACGCCUCCGUUCUCAGGCUCGGCCUCUCCUCCGACCGCCACACCGCCCACUCCCUCAUCACCGCGUACUCGCGCUGCGCCCGCACCGGCUGCGCGCGCAAGGUGUUCGAUGAAAUUGUUCAGAGGGACUCGGUGUCUUGGAACGCCAUGAUUGCUGGCUACGCGAAGGCGGGGUGCGCGAGGGAGGCGGUGGAGGUGUUUGGGGAGAUGAGGAGGGGCGGGUUCGAGGCGGAUGAGAUGGGGCUGGUGAGUGUGCUCGGGGCUUGUGGGGAGUUGGGGGAUUUGGAGCUGGGAAGGUGGGUGGAGGGGUUUGUUGUGGAACGUCGCAUGGUGAUUAACUCCUAUGUUGGUUCUGCUUUGAUUAGUAUGUAUGCCAAGUGUGGGGAUUUGGGGUCCGCUAGAAGGAUCUUCGAUAGCAUGGGUACUAGGGAUGUUAUCACGUGGAAUGCUGUUAUAUCAGGAUAUGCUCAGAAUGGAAUGGCGGAUGAAGCGAUUGCUUUAUUCCAUGCCAUGAGGGAGGACUGUGUUACUGCAAAUAAAGUUACCUUGACUGCAGUGCUCUCUGCGUGUGCCACCAUUGGCGCUUUGGAUUUGGGGAAACAGAUUGAUGAAUAUGCAACACAGAAAGGAUUUCAACAUGAUAUUUUUGUGGCCACUGCAUUGAUUGAUAUGUAUGCUAAGUGCGGGAGUUUGGACAGUGCACGGAGAGUUUUCAAGGAAAUGCCCCAAAAAAAUGAGGCCACUUGGAAUGCAAUGAUCUCUGCACUUGCUUCUCAUGGAAAAGCCCAGGAGGCACUAUCACUAUUUCAGUGCAUGUCAAACGAGGGUGGAGGUGCCCGCCCUAAUGAUAUAACAUUUGUUGGGUUGCUUUCUGCGUGUGUCCAUGCAGGCCUGGUUGCUGAGGGCUAUAGAUUGUUUGAUAUGAUGAGCACAUUGUUCGGAUUGGUACCAAAAAUUGAGCACUACUCUUGUAUGGUUGAUCUUUUGGCACGUGCUGGUCAUUUAUACGAGGCAUGGGAUCUAAUAGAGAAAAUGCCCGAAAAACCAGACAAGGUUACAUUAGGUGCUUUGCUUGGUGCCUGUCGAAGGAAAAAAAAUGUUGAUAUAGGUGAACGGGUUAUGCAGCUUAUUCUGGAGGUGGAUCCUUCAAAUUCUGGGAACUAUAUUAUCUCAUCAAAAAUAUAUGCAAAUCUGAACAUGUGGGAUGAUUCGGCAAGGAUGAGAUUGUUAAUGAGACAGAAGGGUAUUACUAAAACUCCUGGUUGUAGCUGGAUUGAAAUUGAGAAUCACUUGCAUGAGUUUCACGCUGGUGAUGGCUUAUGCCUUAACUCUACAGAUAUAAGUAAUAUAAUUGAUUUGCUCUAUGAGGAACUCAAAAAGGAGGGGUAUGUCCCAAAAGUCGUUGAAUAGCCUUGUGAGUUGUGCGGAGCUAAAAAUUGUUUUAUUGGAAGUCACCAAAGUGAGGAAAAUUGGAUCAAUUGACACUCAGCUAUCUCAGCACAAUUAUUCAUGUUUAUUGGAUUGGUUCAUCGGGUAAGGGUGAUCUGACGGUAGAGAUUAAUGCAUAGUGGGAGCCUUAUUUGUUUUUCCGCUGAUUUAUGUAUUGUUUUGUACACGAAGCUCAGAUAUAGAUUAUUUAAGGAGAAUGAGCCUCUGGCGUUUACAUCAGCUUAAAUGCCAUAUUGAAAUGAAAAGGAGAUUCUUAUGAAAACAUGUGCUGCUCUGCUGCUGUCUUUUGGAGUAUCCAUAGGAAUCUCUGCUCCAAGUUUUGACACUCCAAGAAGUUUUUCACUUUGUUGAUUUGGGCAAAAUAUGAGAACAUAUUUUGCUUCAAAAGAAAAAGAUUUUGUAUUGAUAAGUCAAACAUUUUAGCCAGUGGGAUCCAGAAAUUGAUCUUGCUUAUAGGGAAGUAACAGUUGCUCUUCUAUAUAUCAUAUUAGCAAGAACAUAAAGAGCAUUUGAAAGUUUUGAUACUCCAUAUUUAUAUUUGACAUUCA